CUUAAAGCACCUCCAUCUACCUGGAGUCCAGAGCAGCUGGGGAGUGGAGCGUUUCAGUGGAUAUGAACCUGACUGAGGUGGCUGCUUUGCAAGGCCUGAGGAAGGUGUGAUGGUGUGCUUGUUGCUGUGAGGGGUUUUGACAAUGUCAGGUGAUACCACCACACUGUCCUGGAAGGUGCCCAGCCCGGGCUCUGAUGGACCACAGAGCCCUGUGUUUUACUUCGCUGGAGAGGGCGGACCUGUGAAGAUCCUCAAAGUCUGCUUCAGCAGCAGCAACCAUCUCAAGAACUUCAAACUUGUCAAGUGUGACAGCUCCUGGCAGAUAAAGGCCAUCAUCCAGUCCAUCUUGAUUAGUGGACGUUUGGGCCCUAAUGUGCAGAAUGCAGACUGCUUUGGGUUGAGGCUCAAACACCUGAAGUCUGAGGAGCACUAUUGGCUGCACCCUGACUUGACUAUAAGAGAUGUGGAGCAGCGCUAUGAAAGACUUCAUGUGGAGGCAGAGUGGAGAUACGACCUAAGAAUUCGCUACAUACCAGCUGUUUACUUGGAGAAGUUUAGAGAAGACAGAACGUCACUGUUAUAUCUGUAUCAUCAGGUUCGCAGUGACUACAUGCAGCAGUAUGCUAAUAAAGUCAGUGAUGGCAUGGCGCUGCAGCUGGGCUGUUUGGAGAUCAGGAGGAUGUACAAAGACAUGGAUGCCAAAGGUCUUGAGAAGAAAUCCAAUUUAGAGUUGUUAGAGAAGGAAGUUGGGCUGAACCUUUUCUUUCCACAGAAGCUGAUAGACAAUAACAAGCCCAAGCAGCUGAGGAAGAUGAUCCAGCAGACAUUUCAGCAGUAUUGCGCACUGAAAGAGGAAGACUGCAUUAUCAAGUUUUUUAAGACCUUCGGUGAAUUCAUUAACUUUAAUGAAGAGGUUUUCCCCUGUGAACUAGUGCAAGGCUGGAGUCUAGCAGUGGAUUUAGUUAUUGGAGCAAGAGGGAUUCGCCAGCGUACACAAUCAGAUUCGUCGACAGUCUGUCUGGCAGAAUUUAAACAGAUCCGAAGUAUCAAGACCACUGCACAAAGUAAUGGCAAAGCGCUACUGCAUGUAGAAAUCAAAGGAGCCAAACCGCCUCUCUCUGUCAAUGUGCCUUCUCUGGCAAUGGCAGAAAACAUGGCUGACUUGAUUGAUGGCUACUGCCGUUUGGAGAAUAGCACAGAUUCAUCACUGAUUUCCUGGCCAAAUAAAGGUGCAGAACUUCGGAACUCUCUUCCUGCAAUCCCCUCAGGGCAGCUGUCCGAACCCAUAAAAGACACUGAAAGACACAGCAUGAACUCUGAUAUAUACUGUGAAAUUAUGGACGAAAAGCCGCCACCUCCUGCAGCACAAUUUGAAAUCUCUAGGAAGUCCAUCGUCUUGGGCCAGAUUUUGGGGGCAGGCUUCUUUGGGGAGGUCUUUGAAGGCGUUUAUAAGAAAGAAAACGGAGAGAAGAUCAACGUGGCUGUGAAAACCUGCAAAGACUGCUCACCUGAUGUCAUGGAGAAGUUCAUGAGUGAAGCAGUUAUAAUGAAAAACCUGGACCACCCUCAUAUAGUGAGUCUAAUUGGAAUCAUAGAGGAACACCCAGUGUGGAUCAUCAUGGAACUCUACCAGUAUGGGGAGCUGGGGGACUACCUGGCCCAGAACAAGAAAACUUUGACCAACGACAGAUUAAUCCUGUAUAGCCUACAGGUUUGCAAAGCUUUGGUCUACUUACAGGGAAAGAACAUGGUGCACAGAGACAUCGCAGUGAGAAAUGUGCUCGUUGCCACACCGGAGUGUGUAAAGCUGGGUGACUUUGGCCUGUCCAGAUACAUUGAGAAUGAGGAGUAUUAUAAAGCCUCUGUUACUCGAUUGCCAAUCAAAUGGAUGGCUCCUGAGUCCAUCAACUUCCGCCGCUUCACCACGGCCAGUGACGUGUGGAUGUUUGCUGUGUGUAUUUGGGAGAUCAUGAGUCGUGGUCAGCAGCCCUUCUUCUGGCUGGAGAAUCGUGAUGUGAUUAACCAGCUCGAGCAGGGAAUCAGGCUGCCCAAGCCAGACCUGUGCCCCCCUGCCCUCUACUCCCUCAUGACCCGCUGCUGGAGCUACGACCCCAGCGAGAGACCCACUUUCACUGAGCUUGUCUGCAAAAUCACUGAUGUCCAAGCGAUGGAAAGAGAGUUGGAGGCGGAGAAGGAGAGAGACAGAAUUCGUGCCAAGUUCCCAGAACCCAAGAUCAAAAUCAGCGAGCCUCCUCCAAAGCCCUCGAGACUGAACUCUGGGCGCUUUGGGAACGCUCUCAGCAUUGGUCUUCAUAUUCAGCUUAAUGAAGCAUUGUGUGCCAGUUCUCCAGACCUGGCCAGUCCUUGUGAAUAUCAGUCUCCUGUAGACUCCACGAACAGCCUCACAGUUCCUACCAUGGCUGCCCGUCGUCUCAGUCUGGGAGAGGGGGAGUUCGUUGUCGGCCCAUCUAGUAUGGAGGAUGCACAGCGCCUUUGGCAGGCUGAGAAGCAGCGGCUGCAAGAGGCUAUAGUGAAACAGAAAGAGGAGAUGCUGGAGGACCAAAACUGGUUGGACAAAGAGGAGAAACUUUUGGACCCCAAGACUCAGGAGAAGACUGUUGUACAGUUGCCACCAGACCCUCCGUCUAGUCAGGCUGACCCUCAGAAGCCUCCUGCAAAGCCCCCAAGAAUUUCAGUGCAGCCUGCCCCAACAGCAGAGUUGGACCGCUCAGAGGACAAGGUGUAUCAGUAUGUCAUGGAUCUGGUUAAAAUGAUCGUGCAGCUGAAAAACGAUGUAAACACACUGCCAUCCUCUGAGUACAUAACCAUAGUCAAGUCCGUUGGAAUGUCAUUGCGGGAUCUGAUUCACAGUGUAGAUGAUAUCCUUCCAUCUCUGCAUGGUUCUGUAAGAACAGAGAUUGAGGGCACACAGAAGCUGCUGAAUAAAGACAUGGCAGAGUUGAUCAGUAAGAUGCGGCUGGCCCAGCAGAAUGCCAUCACCUCUCUGAAGGAGGACUGCAAGAAGCAGAUGCUGGCAGCAGCUCACACCCUGGCCAUGGACGCCAAGAACCUGCUGGACGCUGUGGACCAGGCAAGGGUGCGCGCCAACCUGGCCAAGCCCAGACCUGAGGAUGCAGUCUCCCCAGACACAAACUAGAGAUCACUUGGUUCAUUUUAAGCUAACAAACAUGCUGACUCAGAAACUUGGUAUUCCAUAUCGGGAUAACUUUGAGAGCCAGUUUCCUGGAUACUGAUUAUGACUGGUCAUGAAGUUAUUCGUGUGGUAUCUAUUUUAGUCUUGACAGAGAUGCCCAGCUGUAUCCCUGAAGGUACACUCUCCUGCAGAAUUUAACUCCAAGAAAUCCAAUCAGUGUAUAAAGGACUCAAGAAGCGUCUUAAAAUUAGUUGGAUAUGAUAUAUUAGGGAACUAAGCUUUGUAGUUGGGUAGAUUUCUUGGAGCACUGCUGGACUUAAUCUACAAUGUGUCUAUAUGGUGCAUUCAAGCAUGUUUUAAUGUGAUCAAAAUCCUGCUAUAGUAGGUUGCAGUGUAAGGAGUUUUGGGAGUAUUCUUAAAAUAGUGUCAGCACAGGACCAUGGUCAUCCCAUUUCUACUCUCAUUGGUCUAAAUGUGUAAAUCAAUCGAACAUUUCUUGUAUAAAUUCAUACAUCCUUUCUAAAUUAUCGAAAGAAAGGAUUCAAUUCUAUUGUAUUCAUGCAUGGAAUCACAUGCUUAUUUUUAGGAGCUAUGAACUUAAGCCUUAAAAGUAUGUUUACCUCACACCUUUACAAAUCUCAGUGUUGCUGUGUUCUAAAAGACUAAACUAACAGUGUCAUUAAAAGGUAUUGUGUCAAAAGUGAGUGCUUUCUUAGUACAUUAAGCAUUGCAAAAGAUUUUAAGUUUAACUCAUUUCUGGUUUACUUUCUUUUGCAGUAUACCAGAUCAUCCAGAGAACUCAUUUUUAUAGAUAAAUUAUCCACAAGACUA